AUUUAUGGUCCAGAUGAUAAGGUUAUUCAUUCAGUUGAGAGAGAAUCUUAUGGUGAUUAUAAAUUUGCUGCCCAUAUGGAUGGCGCCUACAGAUACUGCUUCAGCAACAAGAUGUCAACUAUGACCCCUAAAGUGGUCAAGUUUACUGUGGACCUUGGAGAUAAACCCAAGCAAGAAGAAAACAUGGAUGGAGAUGAGCAUCAUAACAAGUUAGCAGAGAUGAUUAAUGAACUGUCCAACUCUCUCACUGGUGUCAAGCAUGAGCAGGAGUACAUGGAAGUUAGAGAGCGAACACACAGAGCAAUCAACGACAACACCAACUCCCGUGUCGUUUUGUGGUCCUUUUUUGAAGCUUUGGUUCUGGUGGCCAUGACCCUUGGACAAGUUUACUAUCUGAAGAGAUUCUUCGAAGUUCGACGAGUAGUGUAGUGGUUAUACCUGAAAUUUUCUUAGGAUAACAAAUUACAAUAUAUCUUUAUCUAUUGCUCAUAAUAUAUCCUGCUCUUAGUUUUUCAUUUGAUGUCUUUUCUUGCAUCGUUGAACUAAACAUUCUAAACUUAAUGUUUUUCAUCCAUAAGCAGUUUCUUGGUGAAAUAUUUAAUUUGAAAACAAGUACAAACUCAAAUUGAUUGUGUAUGUUAUUAUUACAAGACAUUGAUGUUUAGUCAGUUUUGCACACUUUGAAACUACAUUAAUAUUGGUAUGUGUGCCUUGAAAUUUUAGUGUAUAAUAAGUCAUAGAAUUGUGUGAGCUAUUGUAAGUCUUUUUAUACGCCCGUUUUGAAAAAACGCCCAUUUUGAAAAAACGGGACGUAUUAUAGUUUUACCCUCGGCGGCGGGCGGUGGCGUCCACAGCAGUGUCUGCUCUCUAAAUAAUUCAAAUAGUUUUCAUCCUUUCUUCACCAAACUUGGUCAAAAGUUGUUUCUAGACAAUAUCAAGAUUGAAUAUGGGUCAUGCCAGGUCAAAAACUAGGUCAGGGGGUCACUUAGUGCAUUUCAAGGAUUUAGCAUGGUGUCUGCUCUCUAAUUGAAGUAGUUUUCAUCCGAUCUUCAUCAUAUUUGGUCAGAAGUUGUGUUUAAAUGAUAUCAAGGUCAAGUUAAAAUAUGUGUCAUGCCUGGUCAAAAACUAGGUGACGUAGUGCAUUUCAAGCAUGUAGCAUGGUGUCCAAAACCUUCAAACGGGCGUAUCUUGUGACAGUUUGGCACUCUUGUUUCUCAAAUGCUGUUUUUUUUUCCAUAAAUAUGAGGAUGCAAGCGCUUGUAUGGGUAAUAAUUGCAUGAUCUGAUUGUUUUUUUCUGUUGGAAAUGCCGGAUAACUAAUUAUUUGUAUUUUGUUGAUGCAACAUCUUAAUUUAAUAACAAAUUUGGGGAUUAAAAGUUUUUGUAUUUGGACUUACAUGUACAUUGUAGAUUGUUCAAUAAUUUCAAUUAUGUAUGUAAAAAAAAUUUCUGUUGGAAAUGCCGGAUAACUAAUUAUUUUUAUUUUGUUGAUGCAACAUCCUAAUUUAAUAACAAAUUUGAGGAUUAAAAGUUUUUGUAUUUGGACUUACAUUGUAGAUUGUUCAAUAUUUUCAAUUAUGUAUGUAAACUUCUGCAGAUUUGUUUUGUUAUCAUCUCCAUGAUCAUCUUACUUACAGUAAAGCAGAAGAUUCUGUGGAAAAUGCGUUAAUAAAAGUCAUCCUCAGUAUUUUGGCAAUAAGUGUUCAUUGAUUUAAUGAUAUGAUUUUAUGACGUUUUUGUAUUUAUUCUUUUGAACAUGUGUGUCAACAGUUGUUGGCCUUAUUCAUUGUUAUAUUACAUUAUGAUUACUUAUUAUGCAUACGUUUGAAAGGUUUCCAAAAUAUUGUUUUUGAAAUUACAAAAUAAACUUAAAAAAACAAGUUCAAAAUCAUCAUCAAAAUCUCAAGUUUUUAGUGCAUUUAAUUACAUGUAGUUAGGAACAUAACAUUACCCUAAAUAUAAUAAUAAAUAUAAUGACAUGUAUUUAAAAAGUGUUAUGUACAAUUCAGAAAUAUUUUUACAUUAAUGAUGUAUCAUUUUGAUUUUAGUGGGGUGUAUUAAAGAAUGAUGUAAACCUUGUCAUGAAGUCAAAAUGUAUUAAAUGUAUAUAAUAUGAAGUGUUGUUACAAACUAGAGCUAUGCACCAUCAUACAUUACUAUGUUUGUAAUCAGCCUAUACUAAGAAGCUUUCAAAUAAGUGCAUUAUUGUUUAUAUGUGUCUUGUUCUGAGAAAAUUGGGCUUAGUGCAUGUGCGUAAAGUGUCGUCUCACAUUAGCCUGUGCAGUCCCCACAGGCUAAUCAGGGGCGACACUUUUCGCUUUUAUGGUAUUUUUAGUUUCAAGGUAGUCCCUCCUUACCGAAAAUCAAGUUUAGGAGGAAAGUGUCGUCCCUGAUUAGCCUGUGCGGACUGUACAGGCUAAUCUGGGAUGACACUUUAUGCACAUGCAUUAUGCCCAGUUUUCUCAGAACGCGGCUCAUAUAAGUCAUUCUAUGGUCAUGGUAAAGUGUGGACGUUAACAUGUAAUAAAAAUGAUGAAAAUUU